CUCCAUGUUUCUGAUGUUUUUUUCUGUCUUCGGAUAGACGAUAGCUUCACCAUACUACACAAGAUCCCUUGUAGUCGACCCCCCUUUUUUUCCUUCAAAUGGUGCAAGCCCAUCAGGCACUUUUUGGGUUUCAAAUUACUUCUCGAACUCAUAUGCAACAUCUGUGCCUAUCUCAUUGGCCUUCCGCUUACCCUACACCAUCUUUCCUCGGCUGCGACAGAGGGGUUUGUUCGGGCAUAUAUACAAGGCUCCUCGAGACUCCUUUUUGGGGAAACUCGUAAACAGAAUGACCGCUUCAAAGGCAACAAAGUGGGCUGCUAGGCCAGACAGGUCACAAGCGUUAGAUGAUUUGAUCAUGGGUACAAACAGCAGCAGUAUUACUUCGAAGAGAAGCGUUGAGCGCCUGUACUACCCCAAUGAACCACACUUCUUCCGCUUCUUCGUGAAGAAGCCCCAGAGGAGGGCCCCUCUGAUCAACCGAGGCUACUGGCUUCGACUCCGGGCUAUCGAUGUCAUAGUUCGCCAAUUCUUAGAGAGACCAUCGAGCAAGAAGAAGGUUGUGAUCAACCUGGGUUGUGGGAGUGACGUCGUGCCAUGGCAGUGUCAUGUGCGGUACCCUCAGAUCAGCGAGGAUGCUCUCUUUGUGGAUAUUGACUACCCGGAUCUCAUGCGCAAGAAGCGAGCUAUUGUUCUGCAGACCCCCCAGCUUCGAGAUCUUCUGGGCACUGAUGUCACGAUCAGUGAGGACGACAAUGACCCUGUUCUUCUCAAGAGCGCGAGGUACUGCCAGCUGGCCUGUGACUUGCGUGAACUCGAAGCACUGCGCCGGACGCUAGACUCUAUUUUACUGCUCGAAGACGCGGAAGUAUUGUUCGUUGCCGAAGUAUCAAUCACCUACAUGGACACUCCCUCCGCCGAUGCUUUGAUCAAAUGGGCUAGUGGUAUUGGCCAAGCCGAAUUCUGCCUGCUGGAGCAGAUAUUGCCAAACGGCCCAGAUCAUCCCUUCGCGAAGACAAUGUUACGCCACUUUGAGAAGCUCAACACACCGAUCAAGUCUGUGCAACAAUAUCCAACGGUUGAGAGCCAACGACAACGCUUCAAAGACCGAGGCUGGGCUCAAGUAGACAUUUGGGAUCUCUGGGAAGCCUGGUCAUCAUCAAUCUUCAUGACAAGCGCCGAACGGAUGGCACUGGACCAGGUCGAGCCAUUCGAUGAAUGGGAAGAGCUUAUGCUAUUUGGGCGUCACUACUCUGUGCUUCAUGCGCAGGCCUCGCCCACUGGUGUAGAGAACACAGCUCUGAAGAAGCAAGCUCCGGCACCCUUGGUAUACCCGUUUCGUCUCGAGAUUACGACAAGAUCACCUUCAAGACCAAUAAAAAGGCGGUUUGGCCAAGCAAUGACCCUUCACAACUCAAAGGGGCAACCCUUUGGUGCGCAUCUGUACGGAAUGGGUGCCGACAGUCGUUCGGACAGCUACGACCUGUACAGAGUAGACGCUUCAUCAGGGUCUUUAAAGCUCCCCGUUGACGGACCUGGGCCUCGGAUGUGCUACACCUUGACUGACUUGGGAGACUACGGAACCUUGCUCGUUGGGGGACGCAGCUCUCCAUCAAAGGCUUUCCGAGAUUGCUGGAUACUACCCAAAGGCCCCGGAGGAAGUUGGCAGAAGACGUGGGAGCUGCCAAAGCCACUUUACCGGCACAAUACCUGCAGACUCGGAGACUCAAGCCUCGCUCUGGUUAUAGGAGGUCGUAACGGCUCCGUGGGUGUUUCGGACGACAGCUUCCUCUUCGACCCCGACAAGGGUUGGGUUAAGUGCGAAGUUCGAAUUCCAUUGUCUGAGCCGCUGUUUGGAGCUGUGCUCUGCUGCUCGAGACCGCAGACGAGGGCUGGCUUCUUCGAGGGGCUAUAUUGCGGCGGCUUGCGUCCUGAUGGCACCCUCAACCUGGACCGCUAUACCUGGGAAUUGGUUAUCGCUGAGGAAGUGCCUUUGAUUCGAUUCUCUAAAAUUUCCUCUCCCCGCCUCGCGGGGGAUUCGUUGUCCAUUUUCGGCGCUGAAGUGGUUAAUAUCGAGGGCUUCCCUGUGAUAUGUGGAGGCAUCGGUAACGCGCCGUCACACCAAGGGCAGACCAUUACUGUCUUGGAUGCAAGCAAUGGACCGCUCUCUAUCAUUGGACUUGUGACCGCUGGAGAAAACGCUGCCGAUUGGCCUUUCAUGAUCGGGUCGUCCAUCAUCACAGACGGCCACAGUCUGAAUGUAUUUGGCGGUGGUGCAACGUGUUUCUCCAUGGGCACGUUCUGGGAAUCAAGAACGCACCGCAUGGAGCUUAUGGGUCAGUGGGAGCUUGGGGGUUAUGGCGGCCGGAAGCCAGCUCCCGAGUAUCUGGAGAGCCCCAAGUUACUUCUGGCAGGGGAUGGACCUACACGGUCUGUGAGUGCCAAAGUCAAGGCGGAAGUCAUCUCAAUUCCUCGCAUGCGAGUCAAGUCGAGCGCGGAAUUUGAGGCGCUCGUGAAAGCUGGCAAACCAGCCAUCUUAGAAGACGUGGACCUCGGCACUUGCAGAGAGGCGUGGACAUCUGAGAAGCUGAUGGGCAUGACAGGCUCCGAGCAGGAGGUUGUGGCUCAUGAGUGCCCUGACGAUACGGAAAAGAUGGACUUCAACUCCAAGAAUUUCCGGUACGUGACUGAUCAAUUCAAGAACAUUAUCAAAAGAAUCCAGUCAGGAGGGAGGUUAUAUAUCCGGUCGCUAUCUACUGACAACCCCACUGAUCAACCGGCGAACUUGGAGAACGACUUUCCUUCUUUAGCAGAAGGCUUUACCCUCCCGGAAGAACUGGCUUUUGUCAAGGAGAAUCUCUUCAGCUCCGUCCUGAGAAUAUCGGGUCGGGUGAACAUGUGGCUUCACUAUGAUGUUAUGGCCAACGUAUACGCACAGGUCCACGGCUCAAAGCGCAUGAUUCUGUUUCCGCCGAGCGAUGUCAGCCACUUAUCAUUCGCUCCAGGAGCAUCAAGUUCCAGCCUGGAUGUCUUCGCCUCGCUUGAAACUACUUCGUUACAGUCCACUCGCCCACACGAAGCAAUCCUUGGACCUGGCGACGUCUUAUUCCUGCCCCCAAUGUGGCUCCACACAGCUACGCCGACGAGCGACUUGAGUGUCGCUGUGAACAUCUUCUUCCGCGACUUGCAGGACGGCUACUCUACCGGCAGAGACGUCUACGGCAACAGAGAUCUGGCGGGCUAUGAGAAGGGCCGACACGAGGUGGCGAAGAUUGCCAAGAGCUUUGAGCAACUCCCGGCGGAAAUUCGCAGGUUCUAUUUGGAUAGGCUUGCGGAUGAGUUACGACAAGCCGCAGGAUGAGACGGACUGUAGAGGGUGUGUUCCUUGAUAGUCGGAGGACCGGGGCCAUCACGCACGCAUAGCCCAGAACUCAAGAUUGCAGUCGAAGAAGCCGAGGUGACGUGCCGACAUGACGAAUCAUCAGGGGCUUUGCAGCCUCCACGGUGACAAAUGAAACAAGCAACACUUUGGAAUG